AUGCCGCAACAGGAUGGAAAUGAGGUUUCUGCAACGCGCAUCUUCAGUCACAGCACUGUUGCAACGACCGGAGCUGCUGUCGAAAACAAAUCUGCCACAGAAGUCAGCGCCGAAGAGCUUAGAGGACCGCUAGGAUUGAUUCUUCUGUUUUCUCCAGAACAACCUCUAAUUGACUUGAUAUUUGUUCAUGGCCUCGGGGGUGGUUCCAGGAAGACGUGGAGCAAAACAGCAUCGGCUUCGCAUUACUGGCCAAAGGAAUGGCUUCCUAGGGAUCCCGCAUUCAAGAAUGUCAGGGUGCACAGCUUCGGAUAUGAUUCAGACUGGAUUAAGGGAAGGGCUAAUUGCCUGGACAUCAAUCACUUCGCUCGAUCGUUGUUGGGUGAAUUGAGUACUUCUCCCCAUUUUCACAAUUCGAAUACGCCAAUUAUUUUCGUUGGUCACAGCAUGGGGGGCCUUGUCAUCAAAAAGGCGUUUUUGUUGGCAAAGCAAGAUGCAACAGAUCGCUACCUGGUCAAAAGGAUUUGUGCCAUGUACUUCCUCGCGACACCUCACAGUGGCUCUGAUUCUGCCAAGCUCUUAAGCAAUAUUCUCAACAUCACCUACUCGUCGCGAGCCUAUGUCUCAGACCUGAAGCGCGGCUCUGACGCUAUAAAAUCGAUCAAUCAUGUAUUCAGUAAACAUUCGAAAGAUAUAGAUCUGUGGUCAUUUUACGAAACCCAAAAGCUCAACAUAGGCGUCUUCCGUGUGCUGAUUGUUGAUCCCGACUCGGCUACACUUGGAUAUCGCAAAGAGAAAUGCAUACCGCUGAAUGCCGAUCAUCGUUCCAUAUGUAAGUUCGAAGCGCCGAACGAUCCAAAUUAUAUACUCAUCCGCAAUGCACUCGCGGUCACAAUCAACAGGGCCAUGGAAUUAGCGCAGAAAUCUAAGGAGAGGCUACUUCGCAGCAACAUUAAUGACCUGAGUGAAUACCUAGACGUGUCCGACAAAUAUGAGGACGACUUGGUACUACUUCAAGACGUCCGCUUGCCUGGGACUUGCAAAUGGAUAAAAUCGAGGGAAAGCUACGUACUGUGGCAAGACGACGACCCAAACUCCUCACGUGUGCUUUGGCUCUAUGGAAAACCUGCAUCUGGCAAGUCCGUACUUUCAGGAUACCUGGUUUCCCUGUUACGCACGAAGCAUGAUGCUUGUAGUUUUUUCUUUUUCAAACACGGGGACAGGUCCAAGUCACAGCUUAGUUCUUGUCUUCGAUCUCUUGCUUUUCAAAUGGCUUGCGUAAACACAGAGAUACGGCAACUACUGCUGGAAAUGCGGGAAAGAGGCGUAAAGCUCGACGGUGAUGACGAUCGAAUCCUCUGGAGAAGAUUAUUCAUCUCUGGGAUCUUCAAAACAAACUUUCAGCGACACUAUUGGGUCAUUGAUGCCCUCGACGAGUGUGCAGACCUUGUAUCCUUCUUCGAAAUUGUGCUUACUAGGCUUGAUCGCUCGGUCCCAUUGAGAAUACUUGUCACAAGUCGACAAACAUCGGAAAUCGAAAGGCGUAUUGCGUUGUUGGGAUAUGACCAAGUCCGAGUGGAGCUUAUUUCAAUGGCGGACACUAAAGACGAUAUUGAAUCGCUUGUUCGAAGGAGAGCUAAUGCCCUCAUUGUCAAAUCUGAAGUCGAUCGUGCGGCUCUAGUGGAAAGGAUCUUAGGGAAGUCAGAAGGAUCUUGGCUUUGGACUGUCUUGGUUCUCAAUGAGUUAUCCAAUUCGCAUUCCGAAGAGGAGAUCCGCCAGGUCCUCGCUGAAGUGCCCAAGGGCAUGGAAGAUCUUUAUUUGAGAAUACUCGACGUGAUGUCGAAAACUCCGCGUGGGAAGGGGCUGAUUAAAGCUAUCCUCGUCUGGGCCACGAGUGCGAUGCGACCUCUAACUGUGAAAGAGCUUGAAGAAGCCUUGAAAGUAGAUAUCAACGAUAAAUUUCCCAGACUGCGGGAAAGUAUUACUGCAUUGUGUGGGCAGCUGGUGGCCAUUGAUAAGUUCGACAGAGUCCAGAUGGUGCAUGAAACUGCUAGGGACUUUCUGUUGAACAACAGCUUAAAUUCAGAGUUCGCGAUUGAUCAAACCGAUGCUCACACACGUAUCGCAAGAGCUUGUCUUGCAUACCUCGCAGGGGAGGAUAUGAGACCACCGAGGGCCAAUAUGCGAUCUGUCUCAAGGCCUCCAGCAGAUAAACGAAGCGAGUUCUCGAGCUACGCUUCCUUACACUUCUUUUAUCACCUAAUGAAAGCCAAUCCACUAGCAGAUGACCUUCUGAGUUUACUUGACAAGUUCCUGAAGACCAACGUCUUUACAUGGAUCGAGACUGUCGCUAGAAAUAGAAACCUUAUGCCACUCAUCCGCACUGCGAGGAUCUUAAGGAUGUAUUUGGAAACCUGCUCCAGUCAGCGGUCGCCGCUUGAAGUUGAUUUACAGAGGGUGAAAGGUUGGAUAACGGACUUAAUCAGGAUCUCGGGAAAGUUCUCUGGUGCUCUCAUCAGCCAACCGUCGGCGAUAUACUCGCUGAUACCCGCGUUCUGCCCCUUAGAGACGACUAUUCGCAAGAAGGCGAGAACCGGGCGAAAGAUCUCUGUCAUUGGAAUGUCAACCACUUUGUGGGAUGACCGACUGUCUUGCAUCGCUUUCCACGAAGGCCGAACUAGCGCACUCUGCCACGGACAGGAGUUUUUCGCGGUGGGGUUGAGUACCGGUCAAAUCUUUAUGUAUUACGUGACGACUUGUCAGGAAUAUAAGAAACUUAAUCAUGGAGAGGCGGUAAUGUUCCUGCAGUUCGGAACCAAGGCAGACGUGCUCGCCUCGUGUGGGUUCAAGAAGGUUUUGGUAUGGGAUAUCCAGAACGGUCAUAUUCUUUAUAAUCUCGAAGUGCCCGCUAGACCUAUAGGACUUGCAUUCGACAAAGAUUUCCUGAUUAUUCCAACGGACAGAAACUACUUGACAUCUUGGGACCUGAACAACAAUGGCGCUAGACAACCAGACAGGCCGUGGAAUGACACAGGCGACGACAAGUGCACGCGGUUGCGGCGGGUUCCAAGUGUGAUCUCGAUCUCCUUCGGACAUAAAAUGCUCGCAGCGGCAUACAGUAGGCGGCCGAUUGUUCUCUGGGACCUAGAAGAAGACGUUUAUUAUGGUUCUUGCGGCAAAAAGCUAUCUGAUGGUAGAACGAGCACGCAUCCGGUGACUGCCUUGGUAUUCAAUCCCAACCCAGCUAUUGACCUACUUGUUGUAUCGUACCUUGAUGGUGAGCUCGUGCUUCUCAAUCCAUUUGACGAUCAGACCUUGGAAAGUCGUCACGCGAAUUGCCACACGCUCGCCUCCAGUGCAGACGGACGCCUGCUUGCAGGAAGUGCUGGAGUCGGAGUAAUUCACAUAUACGAAUUCGAUACUCUCAUGUUGCUUUACCAAGUCCAGUCCUCGGGUUCUAGUAUAAACCAGCUAUCUUUCAGUAUCGACAGCCUGUACUGUGCCGAUAUCAGAGGAUCACAGUGCAAUGUUUGGGAGCCGCCGGUGCUACUCCGAAGCUCAGCCAGUGAUGAUACGAGCGAAAACUCAUCACAAUCGUUUAUAGGAGCGGAAGCCACGAACACCAAGGUCAAUAUCAGCGCUAUAGCAGUGGAUUAUCACAGAGAUGUUGUCCUAUGCGGCCGGGAUGAUGGAUCUGUCUCAUUGUAUGACGCAAAAACAGGGUCUAGAAAACUUGAAAUCUGCCGUCACAACUCACCAGUUCGCAUCUUGGAAUGGUGGACUCGACGUGAUUUAGCUAUAAGCGUUGAUGUAUCAAAUAAGAUACUCGCCUGGAAGGUGAGGAAGUCGGCAGAAGGUGAAUGGAUCGCCGAGAGGAUGGCAUUUCAAGCCCGACUAGUGUACGGCGGUUCGAUCAUUCAAGUACUCACGUCGGAAGCAACUGCCAAGUUCAUUAUAUCAACACGUGGUUCAGAUCAUCUUUGGCAAGUUGAUGGCCACGAGGAGAAUUCACGAACAUACACCGGUUGGGCACCUGUGCGAAAAUGGGCUCAGCAUCCAGGUUCAGCAUACCACACAAUUUGCUUUGAAAGUACGGUUGCCCGUGUGUAUACUUGGGAUAAGUGGUCACAAGUUAUGUCUGUCUCACUUGACAUCAGUUUGCGAGCGCUGGAGUUUAAGAGCAUUAAACAGUUAAGUGCGAAGGGUGUUCUCGUCGAGCUCUCAGAGCCAGGCGGCCUAGCGAAGACUCAAAACCUAUACCUUCUGGACGCACAAUCCUUCGAAGCCGACAAUAAAGCCAGCUUCAUGCAUGUCGUCACAGUAUCAAGAGGGUCGGACGUCAGUCUAGCGCCAUUAUCAAUAGUCGAAGGUCAAGGCGUUCAAGAAGGGGACUCGCUGGUUUCACCAGGGGAGCCAAGACUCGCCCUUCUGUCGCAGAGGGUCGCACACGUUAUUGGAAUCUGCGAAUCCAGCAGACUGGUUUUCAUCGAUACUGACUCCUGGGUGUGUUCUGUGGGACUGGAAAAUCAAGCAUUUGAAAUAACAUCGUACAUCAGACAUUUCUUCAUCCCGCGCGACUGGUUCACGGGAUCGCGGGAAGUAAUUAGCGCGGUGCUUCGGCGGGAUAUCCUCUUUGCACGAAAUGAUGACCUCGUUAUUGUUAGGGGUGGGUUCGAUUUUACGGAAGAGAUCUACCUGCAGGAGUAA